CCUCCUCCCUCUCCCGCACUCUCUCUCUACUUCUCUCUAUCUCUCUCUCUCUCUACAUAUACUCACAUAUUUAUAUAUAUACAUAUAUAGAGAGACGGUGUGUAAAAAUAAUUGAGAAACAAAAUAUGCCAGAGGCACCAAAUGAUCAAAAUGAAGGACACGUGUCCAGCUACAACAGUGUGGUGGUGGAGAACAACAAAAAGCUGGAGUUCAUCGAGGAAGUGACGACAAACGCCGACGAGGUUCAGAAGCGGGUGCUGUCUGAAAUACUGUCGAGAAACGCAGGUGUGGAGUACUUAAAACGACAUGGUUUUGAAGGAGGCAACACAGACAGAGAUACCUUCAAGAAAAUCAUGCCUGUCAUCACCUACGAGGAUAUUCUCCCCGACAUCAACCGCAUCGCCAAUGGCGACAAAUCCCCCAUCCUCUGCUCCGAUCCCAUCUCCGAAUUCUUAACCAGUUCUGGGACGUCUGCCGGAGAAAGAAAAGUGAUGCCGACGAUAGAGGAGGAGCUAGGGCGGAGAUCGCUGCUGUACAGCCUGCUGAUGCCGGUGAUGAGCCAGUUUGUGCCGGGUCUAGACAAAGGCAAAGGGAUGUAUUUCCUGUUCGUAAAAUGCGAGACCAAAACACCGGGCGGGUUACCGGCCCGACCCGUUUUAACCAGUUACUACAAAAGCUCCCAUUUCAAAGACAGGCCUUUCGAUCCCUACACAAACUACACCUCCCCCAACGAAACUAUUCUCUGCCCGGAUUCCUACCAGAGCAUGUACUCCCAGAUGCUCUGCGGCCUCUUCCAGAACAACCAAGUCCUCCGGGUCGGGGCGGUUUUCGCAUCCGGCUUCAUCCGGGCCAUCCGGUUCCUGGAAAAGAACUGGGCCCUUCUAGCCCACGACAUCCGAACCGGAACCGUCAACUCCCUCAUCACCGACCCGUCUGUCAGGGACGCCGUGACCCGGAUCCUCAAACCCGACCCGAAACUGGCGGACUUCAUCGAAGCCGAGUGCGGCAAGGAAUCUUGGCAGGGGAUCAUCACCAAGAUCUGGCCGAACACUAAAUACAUUGACGUGAUCGUCACCGGAACCAUGUCGCAGUAUAUUCCGACGCUGGAUUACUACAGCGACGGUCUCCCGCUCGUCUGCACAAUGUACGCCUCGUCGGAGUGCUACUUCGGCGUUAACCUUAACCCGCUCUGCAAACCCAGUGACGUGGCGUACACGCUCAUCCCCACCAUGUGCUACUACGAGUUCUUACCCGUUUCUAGAAACAACGGCAUGCCGUUGCCCAAAUCCCUUAACGAGAAAGAGCAGCAAGAACUCGUCGACCUCGUCGAUGUCGAACUCGGCCAUGAAUAUGAACUCGUCGUCACUACAUAUGCUGGUCUGUACAGGUAUAGAGUUGGCGACGUGCUGCGCGUGGCCGGAUUCAAGAACAAUGCGCCGCAGUUCAACUUCGUAUGUCGCAAGAACGUUGUCCUAAGCAUAGACACCGACAAAACCGACGAGGUCGAGCUGCAGAACGCCGUUAAAAAUGCCGUUACCCACUUGAUCCCGUUCGACUCCCGUCUGACCGAGUACACCAGCUACGCCGACACGGCGACGAUCCCCGGCCACUACGUCCUCUACUGGGAGCUGAGCCAAAUUGGGUCCACGCAGAUCCCGGCAUCCGUCUACGAGGACUGCUGCCUCACCAUCGAAGAGUCCCUCGACAGCGUCUACCGACAGAACCGGCAUUUCGACGCGAUCGGACCCCUCGAGAUCAAGAUUGUGGAGAGCGGGACUUUUGAUAAGCUCAUGGAUUAUGCUAUCAGCUUAGGCGCUUCGAUUAAUCAGUACAAAACGCCGAGGUGCGUGAAAUUCGCGCCGAUCGUCGAGCUGCUGAAUUCGAGGGUCGUCGCUUGCUAUUUCAGCCCCAAGUGCCCGAAAUGGACUACACCAGGCCUCAAGCAAUGGAGCAAUGCCAAUUGAUGAACCACAUGAAUUAUUAUUAUCAUCAAGAACCAAAAAAAAAAUAUUAUGUGAUCAUCAUUUUGUUUAGAAGUUAAGGUUUAAGUUUAUUAAUUAACCAAUCUUUUUAUGUUUUUUUUUUUUUUAAUGUUGUUGUCAUUGUAGUGUUUUAAUUAACGGUUGUUUAAUUAGUAUGUGGUAGAAUUGUGUUAAUUAGGUGUACAAAAACAGUUCCUAUUUCAAGGAAAUUAAGUCUUUUUUUUAAGU